AGAGAACGAACCCAGCCGAAGAAAAUCGAAGAUAGCCGAAGCGGCCUGCGACCAUUUUCAGCCGUUUGCUGGAGCGGACGGUGACUGACAGUCGUUUGUGAAGCUGCAUCGUCUUUACUGGGUCCAGCAGUUCGGAAACGAUGCCGUCUCUUUUGUUUUGUGGCCCCAAACUGGCGGCCUGCGGGAUUGUGCUCAGCGUGUGGGGAGUCAUAAUGCUGGCAAUGCUAGGUAUCUUCUUUUGUUCGAAAUCUGCUGUGCUGAUUGAGGACGUUCCCUUCACUGAGGAAGACAUCCGAAAUGACAAAAGUCCACCCCAGAACGUUUAUGCACUGUACAACCAAGUAGGCAUCAACUGUUUCAUUGCUGCGGCCAUCUACGUCGGUGUUGGCGCUGUGUCUCUGUGCCAAGUUCGCCUGAACAAACGUCAGGAGUACAUGGUCACAUAAGCUACACACGUUCAUAGAAUUGAAUGUGUUCUAAUCAUCCAAUCAUUAUUUAUUUGAAGGUGGUUAAUGUGAAGACCUGUGGAUUAGUAUUCUAUUUAUUAUAUUGGAGUGAUUCCAGUAGAAAGUUUAUGCUUACCCUCUUAAGAAAUAUUGACAAAUAUAUACACAGAGACAAAUUAUUUGGGCCUAAUUUCCCAAAAAUGUCUAGGUUUUAAGAUCAUCUUAACAGAUAGUGAUUCUUGUUCUACGUGUAAAAUCCUUAUGCUAAGAUGGUUUUGGGAAAUCCAGCCCUGAUCAAAUAACUGUUAUUCAGUUAUCAGUUACUAUGUUCAUAUGCAUGUAUGUGACUGUGUCUUUUUGAAACCCACUGAGCACUACUAGUGUCAUGUUUUGAGAAAGAAAUACAUUCCUAGUGAAAGAAAAAAAGUAAAGAAUGAUAAUUGAACUGAGUGGACCACAGUAAACACAGUUAAUGAUAAGCCAUACACUAAAAGAAUACAUGUGCUUUAUUUAAUAAUGGUGUUUAUUUAAUGCACUAUUUAAUACACUGAUUCAUUGUUCAUGUCAUGUUCUAAUUUAUUAACUACUUUUAUUUAUUUUGUGUUCCUCCCUUGUUGGUUUACUUGAUGUGGUUUCUGUUACAUUAUGAAAGUGCUGUUUGUGAUUGUGAUUGCAUUGUGAAUAACAUGUGAAGUGGAAAUAAAAAGGUCCAUUGUUUCAA